GGGCUGGAGAGAGAGAGGUGAAGGUGGUGGAGCAGGAAGGGGAGUGUCUUUAGUAGAUAGGAUGAGUAUUUCUCCUACAGAAGAUACUUCACAUCUUUUACAAGAACCCGAAGGACGCCCCACUAAAUCAGGUUGGCUGUGAUGAUGGAUUAUUUUUGGAUUGAUGAGAAACCUCUAAAUGUCCUUGCCAUUGGUCCCCUACGGGCAAUAUAACAGACAGAGUAGAUCUUCAUCAAAAGAAACGUGACAGACAGGACGGCAAGCCGGAAAAACGGAUUGAUUGAGAAAAAGAGAAAGUGAAGUUGAAAAGAAGAAACAUACUAAAGACAUAAAAAGAUUGAUAAUUUUAAUGGUAGUUUAUAACACCUCAGUUCCUCGGGAGUUAGAAGACGACCGUAAAAUCCACCCCUCAUUUUAGUUGAGAUAUACCAAGGAAUAAUGAAGACAAUGCUGCCCAACUUUGCCAGGUUAUCUGCUUUGCUAUCCAUGCUAUUGGCGUGUCUGUUUAUUGUGAUGGGCCCUGUAGUGGUCCGAGGGCAAAAUGACACUGAGCCUAUAGUACUGGAGGGUAAAUGUUUGGUGGUGUGUGAUUCAACACCCUCUUCAGAGCCGGCGGGGAAUGCAUUGGGUAUGUCAGUGCGUUCGGGUACCGGCCGUGUCGCCUUCUCUGCCACACGCCAGACAAACCAUGAACCCACAGACAUGAGCAACCGUACCAUGAUCAUCUACUUCGACCAGAUCUUGGUGAACGUGGGUAAUCAUUUUGACCAGGAGAGCAGCAUCUUCCUCGCUCCGAGACGAGGGGUGUACAGUUUUAAUUUCCACGUGGUGAAGGCAUAUAACAGACAAACCAUACAGGUGAGUUUGAUGCUGAACGGAUGGCCAAUGAUCUCAGCCUUUGCUGGAGACCAGGAUGUGACACGGGAGGCAGCCACUAAUGCUGGGCUUGUGAUCAUGGAGAGAGGAGACAAGGCUUACCUCAAACUAGAGAGAGGCAACUUAAUGGGAGGCUGGAAGUACUCAACCUUUUCAGGCUUCCUGGUCUUCCCGUUGUAAAGAAUGAUGAUGUGAUAGAGACAAGAUGGAUACAGGGUUACAUGCGCUUUGAAGUUACAAUAUGGGGAAUAUUAAAGGACACCUAUUAUGCCCAUUUUUACAAGAUGUAAUAUAAGUCUCAGGUGUGCACAGAAUGUGUCUGUUGUUUAUUCUAUCACAGAUUAUUUAUUAUAGCAUGUCCAAAAUGCCCCAUUUCUUAAAUGCGCUGUUUUAAUGUGCGUACCUUUAAAUGCAAAUGAGAUACUGCUCCCCACUCCCUUGCCAAAAGAAACAGCAAGUGCUUUCAGUUAUGAUUCCUGUGAAAACAAUCUUAAGCUACUAUUAAGAUAUGGCAGACCACAUAUAGCUCGCUGAGGGUGGAAACUAUGGUAAUGCUGGACUGUCAGUCAGUUGCUGUGGGAGGGGCUUUAUCAGUGUGAUGUCACAUCAACAAGAAAAUCAAAACGGCAUGUCUAGAAACUGCUUUGUUUUAAUGUGGAUUUAAAAAUGAGUGUGUGGAUUUAUUUUAAAAACACAUUUAUAUCCAAACACCUUGUAAAGGUGGAGUUUGCAUAUAGGUGCCCUUUAAAAAUAGGACAGAUGCCACAAAAUCAGUGUUUGUGUUUGUUCUUCUAUUUUUUUUUUAAGGUGUGAGAGGAUAUAAAACAGAGAUAUUUAUUCAAAUCAAAGUGACUACGUAAAGAUUAUCAUUAUCAAUCAUUUGUUUGAAUAUCUGUUAUCACAUUUUUUAGAUCAGGUCUGUAUGCUAAUAUGUAUUUCUGAAAACUAGUAUUUCUCAAGUCAUAUUAAAAGUGCCCCUAAGAAUAAAAAGUGUUUAAAAUGAUGCAUUUCCUUAA